AUGUUGGACUUCUUGCAGUACAGUCUGUCUGGUGCGGUUGCCUCCUUCUUCUUCAUCCUGCUGACCCUGAAGCCUCCAGAUGACUUCAGAGUGACUGGUCCUUCCCAUGCUAUUGUGGCUAUGGUGGGGGAAGAGGCCCUACUCACCUGUCAGCGCCUUCCCAAGAAGACUGCGGUGCACACGGAGGUGAGGUGGUACCACUCAGAGCCCAGUGCACCUGUAAUUGCAUACCGGGAUGGAGCUGGGAUGACUGAGGUGCAGAAGGAGGAGUACCAAGGCCGAGUCGAGUGGAUAGAAGAUGGCAUCGCAGAGGGACGUGUGGCUCUGAAGAUACACAGCAUCCAGGCUUCCAACAAUGGGCAAUACUGGUGCCGUUUCCAAGAGGGCGACUAUUAUAGUGAAACAAGCUUGCUGCUCAAAGUAGCAGGCCUGGGGUCGGCCCCACGGAUCCACAUGGAGUGGCCUGUGGGGGGUGGAGUGCAGCUUGUGUGCACUGCAAAGGGCUGGUUCCCGGAGCCGCAGGUGCGCUGGGAGGAUGGCCAGGGAGAGCAGCUGCUGUCUGUCUCUGAGCAUCACAUCCAAGAUGAACAUGGUCUGUUCUACGUGGAAGCCACCCUUGUGGUCAGGGAUGCCUCCGCAGAGACCGUGUCCUGCCUCAUCCACAACCCUGUCCUCAUCCAGGACAAGGUGUCUGUCAUCGCCCUCUCAGAGAAACUCCAGUCUGAGAUGGCUUCCCUAACAGUGAUUGGGCCUUCCCAGCCCAUCCUUGUCAGGGUGGGAGAAGAUGUGGAGUUAACCUGUUACCUGUCCCCCAAGGUGAAUGCACAGAACAUGGAGGUGAGGUGGGUCCGAUCCCACCGUUACCCCGCUGUUCAUGUGUAUGUGGACGGGGACCAUGUGGCUGGAGAGCAGAUGGUGGAAUACAGAGGGAGGACUGCUCUGGUGGGUGAUGCGAUCCACGAGGGGAGACUGACACUGCAGAUACAUGGUGCCAGGACUUCAGAUGAUGGGCAGUACCGGUGCCUUUUUGAAAUUGAUGAUGUCUACCAGGAGGCCAGCAUGGAUCUGAAGGUGGUAGGAGUGGGCUCUUCCCCACUGAUCACCAUGGAAGGACUGAAGGAUGGAGACAUGCAGCUGAUGUGCACUUCGGACGGGUGGUUCCCACAGCCCCUUGUGCAGUGGAUGGACAGACAGGGAGAGGCAAUGCCGUCGUUUUCUGAGGCCCUGAGUCAAGACAGCCGUGGGCUGUUCCAUGUGGAGACGGCUUUAUUGGUGACAAGGAGCUCCAUUGUGAAUGUGACUUGUUCCAUCAGCAACCCCCUUUUGGGUGAGAGGAAAACAGCAUCCUUUUCUUUCUCAGAGCAUUGGCAGGUGAUUGGACCAGACAGUCCUAUGCUGGCCUUGAGUGGGGAGGACGCAGAGUUCCCCUGCUUCCUGUCCCCUGAAGUCACUGCGGAAGCCAUGAAAGUGCAGUUCUACAGGAAAGAGCUCUCUUCUGAGACCAUCGUCUAUAGUCAUGGGGAAGACCUACCAUCGAUGCAGACACCAGAGUAUCGAAAGAGGACUGAGUUCCUGAAUGGUUCCAUUGCACAGGGGAAAGUCUCCGUGAGGCUGAAGAAUGUCACUGCUUUGGACGCUGGUGUGUAUGGGUGCCGGUUCAGCAUUGGGAUUUAUGACCAGAUUGCCACCUGGGAGCUUCGGGUGUCAGGUCCACGGUACUUCCCUUACGUCAGGAACCUUAUAGGCUGGAGGGACUUCAACUAA